AUGCGUCCCGCGACUUCACGUGUUUGGCAGCGGUUCGUGCCAUACUAUCGCAGUUUUCGGCUCUUUGCAGCAGCACGAGACCAGAAAUGGACACGGCUUCAAGCACGCGAUGCAAUGGGACCGAAGAGUGCGACUCGAAGAGCGCGUGGCACGUGCAGUCGAGCAGUGCCGAUCUUUCCUCGAAAGCCGCUUGAACUGCAGUAUGGCAGUGUCCGCAAGAGCUGGCGACAAGUGAUCCACAAGCUCGCGUGGUUUCCCACGUUGCAGCAUCUCGUGCUCGAAACGGCGAGUUUGCUCACGCGACCAGAAGAACUGGAGUUUUACCUGCCCCGGCAGUUUCAUGCCAAGUACUCACUUGGUGACAAGUUGGGCGAAGGGACGUUUGGGACAGUAUACGGGGCUGUACCACGACAGCAGGAGCUGCAGACAGAGGAGCUGCUGCUGGACUUUGCAGUCAAGGUCGUGUCCAAGUCUCGUCUAGCGAGUCGCGACGACUACGCUGCGUUGAAACGAGAGACACACAUGAUGCAAUUGCUGGGCGGGACGCUCGAUGUUGUGCACUUUUUCGGGGCGUACGAAGACGAUGGGUAUGUGUACCUGGUGAUGGAGCGGUGUGUGGGUGGUGACUUGUCAGCACGAUUGGAUGGAGAAAAGGGGCAUGAUCGAGCUGCCGGCCUUGAUGAACAGGAAGAGCAGGCGAAAAUGUACAUGCGAGAGAUCUUGUACGUGGUGCGGCAAUGCCAUGCGUUGCACAUUGUACAUCGAGACUUAAAACUCGAGAACUUUGUGUUCGCAGACGCUACAGCCGACAGUCCACUCAAGUUGACCGAUUUCGGUGGGGCUGCAUUUUUGGAAGCGGGGACGUUCUUGAACGACGUCCACGGUACGCCAUUGUAUACGGCGCCGGAGGUGCUCAAGCGCAAAUACGCUUUUCCGUCGGACUUAUGGAGCUGCGGAGUGAUUUUGUAUCGGCUGUUGAGCGGGCACUUCCCGUUUGCGUCGGGACCGUUGCUAGACGAACGGAUUCUGCACGAAGCGAUUGAUCUGGAGAGCUUGCCGUGGACGGGAAUAUCGCAUGAAGCCAAGGAUCUCGUACAACGACUGCUGGAACGCAAUGUUAGCAAGCGCCUGACAGCUGAGCAAGCACUGCAGCACCCCUGGUUUGCUCCUCGUGCAUCACUACCAACUGGAGUGUCCAGUACACAAUCUGUUGCGGCGAGCGAAGCUACCAAGAGAACUGGCGGUUCUGUGCUGAGCGGCACGCUUGUGCAGAGGUUGCAGCUGUAUCGAUCGCUUACGAUCUUGCAGCGCGCUGUGCUGAACGAAGUGACCGGCUUUUUGCCUCUUGAACUGAAGCACGAUGUGCUCGAACUAUACAGUCAAGUGGCUCGUGAUGGCAGUGAAAUCGUGGGCCUUGAGGAAUUUGCAGUGUACGUGGCAGCAAGUGGCUACCGACUCACUCGUGGUGAGGCCAAGGGCUUCUUCCGGAACUUGGACCUCGACGGUACCGGCCGGGUAUCUCGUAAUGAGUUUUGUGCUGCGUUGCUGGAUUGGCCACUGCUUCAGAGGCAGCACCGUGACGCAUUCGCCAAGUGUGCCGACCGGGUGUUCGACACGAUCGAUCAAGACAAGGACGGUCUAUUGACCGUCAAGGAUAUGGCCGAGCUAGCGCCAUUCAGGAAGAGCGACAAGUGCUUUGACCUGUUGCACGACAACCUCAAUCGAUGCUGUUACCACACGAAUCGCUUCAACGAGCGCAGCAUUGACAAGGACGACUUUAAGCGUCUCAUGCACCUUUCCGCGGGCGCGUACGCCAAGUAUCCACAAAGACUCGAGCGCUAG